GGUCUCCCAUCUUGACCCUGUGGGCCAUAACUUCUCACCACCCCUGGCAGGAGUGGAGGACAGCUUCUAAGAACAGUUUGUGAAAGGAGAACAAAAGAUAUGAACGGUCUGCCAUCUUAUCUCUAUCCCAGGUCUUGGUGCCACCUUGACAGGAGGAACGUCACAAAUUGAGGUGAGGGAGGCAGUUCUCUUCAAGCAAGGAUGUCCACUUUCCGCCAGGAAAGGGUGGAAGACCACUAUGACAUGGAGGAAGAACUGGGCAGCGGCCAGUUCGCGAUCGUGCGGAAGUGCCGCGAGAAGAAAACGGGCCUGGAAUACGCGGCGAAAUUCAUCAAGAAACGGCGCCUGUCGUCCAGCCGCCGAGGGGUGAGCCGUGAAGAGAUCCAGCGGGAAGUCAACAUCCUCCGGGAGAUCCAACACCCCAACAUCAUCACCCUCCACGACAUUUUUGAGAACAAGACGGACGUGGUGCUGAUUCUGGAACUGGUCUCUGGCGGGGAGCUGUUUGAUUUCCUGGCGGAGAAGGAAUCCCUGACGGAGGAAGAGGCCACCCAGUUCCUGAAGCAGAUUCUGGAUGGGGUCUAUUACCUCCACUCCAAACACAUCGCCCAUUUCGACCUGAAGCCUGAGAACAUCAUGCUCCUCGACAAAAACGUCCCCAGUCCCCGAAUCAAACUGAUCGAUUUUGGCAUUGCUCACAAGAUUGAGACGGGAAAUGAAUUUAAAAACAUCUUUGGCACUCCAGAAUUUGUAGCUCCAGAAAUAGUGAAUUAUGAACCUUUGGGCCUUGAGGCUGAUAUGUGGAGUAUUGGAGUCAUCACUUACAUCCUCCUGAGUGGCGCCUCCCCCUUCUUGGGGGAAACGAAGCAGGAGACCCUGACCAACAUUUCGGCUGUGAAUUAUGACUUUGACGAGGAAUACUUCAGCAACACCAGCGAACUGGCCAAGGAUUUCAUUCGGAGACUGCUUGUCAAGGACCCCAAGAAACGGAUGACAAUUGAGCAAAGUUUGGAACAUCCAUGGAUCAAGGUGAUCAAAAGGAGGAACGUCCGCAACGAAGACAACGGCAAGAAGCCAGAGCGACGGCGCCUGAAGACCACACGGCUGAAGGAGUACACCAUCAAGUCUCACUCCAGUAUGCCGCCCAAUAACACCUACAUCAACUUCGAACGCUUCUCCAAGGUCAUGGAAGAGGUGGCAGUGGCCGAGGAGAGUCUGCGGGAGCUGCAGCAGAGUAAGAAGUCCUUCCGGGAGGACAUCGAGGCCCUACGGUCCAUCUAUGAGGAGAAGGAGUUGUGGUACAAGGAGGAGAACCAGGCCAUCAGUCAGGACCUCCGUCAAAUCCAGCAGGAGAUGCAGAAGACGGAGACCCUCAAGCGGCAAGCUCAGGAAGAAGCUAAGAGCACCUCGUUGGCGGCCAACCGGCUGAAACGGCACCUCCGGAAGCUGGAGAACCGCUACGAGGCCCUCGCCAAGCAGAUGGCCUCCGAGAUGAAGUUUGUUCAGGAGCUGGUCCGUUCGGUGGAGCUGGAGAAGCUACAGGUCGGAGAAGACGACUGUGGAAUUCGCUAAUGGCGCCUUCUGAUCAAGUGGGAGAAGGUCAUCUCCUCUCGGUCAAGUCAACCCAUCUUAGAUUCUCCUACCCAUCCUUCCAGAGGCCAGGAAACCCACCGGCUCCUUCUCCCCCGUUGAAUCAUUUCCAAAAUUCCAUGUUCCCAUCAUGCAACGCUUCUGCUAGUAACCCCGCAUGGAGGGAAAAAAAUUGUGCAUGCGGACAACUUUCACGUUCCUUCAUCUGGAGGUGGGAUGGGACACGUAUGAAAUGCAGACCCCAGCAGGAGUCAGCAAGAGGGUCUCUCGGCCACCAGGGACGCCCCCUUUUCCCCACUGGCUGACGCUUUCUUGAGAACCUGAAACUUCGGAGAUAAUCCGGAAACCGUUCUCCCUGCAAGAGUUUUCCUGCUACAGAGGGUCAGGGAGAAGAUCUAUUCUCAUGGAUGUUGAGUUUCUGCAAACGUGAUCCUCAACCCCAGAGGGGCAUGACUUUCUAACUCAACUCCUCUAGGACAGCCCAUCUUUUGUCGAGAAUUAACCAGGAUUCCUGGGGUCUAGAAGUCAAGUUGGGUCGGGCGAGGGCGGGCGGGCAUUUCCAGAAAAAACCAAUUUUGCAAGGAUUUCAGGAGGGAGGGCGUCUCUCUUGAAUUGUGGCCACCCAAAGGCACCCCAAAGAAGUGAAGAAUGGCAGAGCUUCACCCGUUAAGCCGGGUUGCAGAGGCAGAAUGGCCAAGAACCUUUAAAACAAACCCACAUUUAUUUAAAACCAGGUUUUAAGAUUUUACUUUUCACCGGGAGGGUGGGGUGGAGGGAGUCUUAUCUUCUUCUGCCCUGUUCUUUUGGACUUCCGACGGGUCGCAAGACGCCGUUUCCUUAAGUUUGUGUAUUUUAAUUUCCGUGUUGGGGAACAGCAGGUUUUUUUGUUUUUCGGUGGUCCGCGAGUAAACUUUUUGCCAAAAAAA